CCCGAGGGAGCCGCGCAGGCGGAGGCCGCCGCCGGAGGGGACGAGCGCCAAGAGCCAGGCGAGCAGAGAGACAGCGAAGGGAGACGCCGAGAGCGGGACAGAAAGAGCGCCCGGCCGGCCCCUCCGCCAGCCGCCCGCUUCCGCCUAACCACCGCCGCGCUUCUUCCGCCUCCGGAAAGUAGUCCCCUCCCUCCUCCCCGCGCGCCGCCCUCAGCAGGCUCCGCCGCCGCCGCCGCGAUGGCGCUGAAGAGAAUCCACAAGGAGUUGAACGACCUGGCACGGGACCCUCCGGCACAGUGUUCCGCGGGGCCGGUUGGAGAUGACAUGUUCCAUUGGCAAGCUACAAUAAUGGGACCGAAUGACAGUCCCUAUCAGGGUGGAGUGUUCUUCUUGACAAUUCACUUCCCAACAGAUUACCCCUUCAAACCACCUAAGGUUGCAUUUACAACGAGAAUUUACCAUCCAAAUAUUAACAGUAAUGGCAGUAUUUGUCUUGAUAUUCUACGGUCACAGUGGUCUCCGGCAUUAACUAUUUCAAAAGUACUUUUGUCCAUCUGUUCUCUGUUGUGUGAUCCCAAUCCAGAUGAUCCUUUAGUGCCUGAGAUUGCACGGAUCUACAAAACAGAUAGAGAAAAGUACAACAGAAUAGCCCGAGAAUGGACUCAGAAGUAUGCGAUGUAAUUAAAGAAAUUAUUGGAUAACCUCUACAAAUAAAGAUAGGGGAACUCUGAAAGAGAAAGUCCUUUUGAUUUCCAUUUGACUGCUUUCUAUGAGCCCCCGCCUCAUCUUCCCCCGUGCACAUGUUUACCUGAUACAGCAGUGCUGUGUGUUGUACAUACUUGGAACAACGAAAUACCGUAUUCCAUACCAACAUUGACUCCUAGCAAAGAAAUGUGUGUGAAAAGCCAGUUCUUCCGUUAAAAUCUAGUUGUGAGCAUAAAAGCAUUCCCAAGAUAUUUCAAUUGGGUACGGAAAAAAAAAAGGCGGUGGGGGCGGCGGGGGGGGCGGCGGUUUCAUUUGCUUCUUGGGGACUUUCUGUGACUUGAAAGAUGACUUCUUUUUAAAAAGGAAAGCGGAAUCCUUUUAAACUCAUAACUGUAGUGAAAACUGAUGUGAAGAACUUGAAGCUGUUUCUGUAUUUUAUUCUGAAGGACCUAUUUAGGUAAAUGUAUGACCAACAAGAUCAAACUGUACCCACAUCCUGUAUUGAAGGUCUAAGUUGAACUGGUCACCAUUGAAAUGCAUUGGAGCUAUUAGUGCAUUAAGUGAUGUUGAUUUGUUUUUUGUUUUGUUUCAACUCUGUUCCCCAGGUCCCCCCUUUCAUAAUUUUGGUUUGUAAGUGUUUUCUCAGUUAACAUAGCUAAUAGCUCUUAUUUUCUUAAGUUUUUAACUGCUUAGGUCUUUCUGGAUGUAAGGGUAAAAAUUCAUUUGACAGACUUGUGUAUAUUUAAAGACCCAACUGCUCCCUCGGAGCUUGUACGUUCAAGAAUAAUUAAUCUGUGUAAUAAACUGAUUACUACAGUCAUUACA